AUGAAUUUUCCUGAUGAAGCAAACUACCCAACUAGAUUUCCUGAACGAAUGGUGAAGGGUUGCAUGCUACGUUUGGGAUACAGAAGCACGUUGAAUACUGGGAACUACUUAAAGUCAAAAUUUCAGAAAUCAUUCAAGUUCUUGAUUCAUUGUAUUUUGAUUUCCCUGAGUCACACAAAGGGUAGUUAUGACCAGAUGAGGGAUUAUGAAAUGAAUAUGUUAACUGCUUUAGUGUUGAACAAGAAAUACAACUUCUCGCACAUCAUUUUUCAUUAUAUGGUGGAGAAUCUAGCAUCAGAUGUUAGAGUUUGGAGAUAUCCACGCUUUGUUCAAAUGAUGAUUGAUCGUGCUUAUCCUGGUAUUGACAGAGAUAUUAAGGAUGAUCUUCUUGUUCAAGCACACAUGUCUAAUAUCUCGUUGAAGAAUUUGGUCAAGUACCAUCCUCAUCAUCCAGAGCCGGAGUUGGUGAUUGAAAACUUCGGAUUACUUAAAGAUGCAAGUUAUGUGGAUCCUGAUCCAGAAAGUCAUCAAAACUGGAGAAAUGAAGAAGAAAUGAAAGAAGCAUUGUAUGCUGCAGAGUUGAAGAUAAUUCAGGGUUUCAAACCAACAAAGAAUGAGUGGUAUGUGAAGGAGUCUGGGCGCAGACGUAGACUUGUAACUCCUGUAGCUGAAGGAGAAGGUUCUUCUUCAAAGCCAAAGAAAAAACAAAAGAAGAAGGCUGAAACUGUGUUAGUUGAUGAGUCUGAAGAAGAAGUUCCUGAGGUGAACAUUGAAAGGGAACAAGAGGCGGCUAGUGUAGCACAUAUUGAAAUUCAUACAGAUUUGUUUACUGAUAAUGUUGACAUUCCACAGGAGAAAGAGAAAGUGUUGGAAAAGAGAAUUGAUGAGGUGAUAGCAGAAAACAAAAAGUUGGCAGAUGAAUGCAAAAAGAUUGCUGAUAGAGAAAAGUCUCUUGCUGGUAAGGUGCAGAGAUUAGAAGGUGAAAACAAAGUGUUGGAACUGAAGAUUGAAGUUGAUCAGACGGAAAUUGAUGUUUUGAAAGUUCGAGUGUCUGAGUUAGAAGAGGAGAAGAGUCGUCGAGAGAGUGAAAAUGAGUACUAUAAGUUGAAGAACAAAGAGCUUAUGGCUGCUAAAGCGUUGCAUGAACACAAGUUCUACAUGCUGAAUAGAGUUGUGGAAAGCAUGUUAGAAACAACAGUGGAUCAGAAGUAUGAAGAGUUGAAGUUAGAGGAUCUUCGUGCUGAACGUAAAGCAGAAGUAGAAAGGCAAAUGAAAGAUAAAGGUAAAGCUGUUGAAGGAAGUUCCGUAAUGUCUAUUGUGCCUUCAAUGGUGAUAGAUAAUCCAGUGCCUAUAUCCUCUGUUCCUGGUAUAGUUGAAGAAGAAAUUCAAUCGCCAAAGUUAAUUGGUGGCGAAGAAGAAGAGGAUGAUGAAGAUAAUGAUGAGGAAGAGUUUGUUUAUUCUGCAAGCAGUCUCAGUUCGAAAGGUGAUGAUGAUGAUGACGCUGCAGGAGGUUCUGGUGUGAGAGUUACUGAAGCUUCAAAAGAAAAAGUCGUUGAAGAUCUGCUAAACGAUACAGUUAAUGAAGAAAGUGGGGAAGCUGAGAGAAAGGGGGAGUCGAGUAAGAAUCAGAUUGUCGAACAUCAUGAACCGUUGUUCUUAUGUCUAGAUGUGUAUAGGGAGAUGUUAAAUGAUGUAAAUCCCGAGAAUCCAAUUGAUCUUGAAGCUGAUCUGGAAUCUUUUGAUAUCAAUAAACAGAAAGAUUACAAGUAUAACUAUGUUGAGGAUGCAGAUCAGUACGAUAGGGUUGAAGUAGAAGAUUGUUCUGAUAAUGAGGAUGUCCCUGAAGAUACAUCAAAACUUCCGACGUUAAUGGAGUUUUUCGCAGCUGAAAACAGAGAUGAGUUGCGUCAGAAAGUGACUGAAGCGGUGAAUGAAAAUGUGUUCGAGUGCUUGAGAAAAGAAGCUGAACAAGAAAGUCAAUCAAAUGUUGAGAAAGAAGAUCAUUCAAAAUGGUUUAAAGACAAUCAUGAGAGAAAGUUCAAGAGGCCUUUGAAGUUUUUCCGACGUGAUAGAUCUAUUUCUCUUGGUGAUAUCAUUAGUUGGGGUUUUCUUCCUGAAGUCAACGCCAAUGCAGUUAGAAGAGAAUAUGGUGUCCAAUACUUUAAACGUUUAAAUGACAUUAUGUCAUUACCAUGGUGGGAUGUCGAUGAGUUAUCUCAGGUGAGAACGUUGGAGUAUCAGGUGAGACAGAAUGAUAAAGCAAUGUGGGGAUAUAUCAAGUACGAGACUCUAAGAGGUUAUCUGAAAUGGAAACCUCAUCGUCCAAGACGGGUUGAAAGAGUAGAUCCUGAAACUGGUGUAAGGGAAACUAUUCUGAAUGUAAAGCCUCCAAGAACCAUGACGACGAUUCCUAUGCCAGAAAUGGAACAAGAUUUUUACAAAGGGUUCAUUGAUUGGGUGUAUAGCUGUCUUACAACUGAAGCUAUCAUUACAUACAGAGCUGGUAGUGAGCUGAGAUAUAUUCGUGUCUAUGAUCCGAUGUGGCUGGUGAAUUGUUCGGCAAAAGACAUCGAAUGCUUGUUUAUUCACAAGAUUCGUUAUAAAGCAGAAGAUAAAGAUCAAGCUCAACAGUUCCAACGCGUUGUAUCACUGUGCUUUCAAAAAGGAAUCAAUUCCGAAAGCAAGUGGAAAUCGUCUUGGUGGGCAUUGGAUGAAAAGAUGAAGAAGAAAGCAAAACAUGAACGUGAACGUGAAAAUCGUAGGAUGGAAGAGAAAAGUGGAAAGUUCUUGAAGAAACAACAGGAAGAAGAGAAGUCAGAGAAGCGAAAGCGUGAAAAGAUCAGAGUUGCAUUGAGCAGGAAGCCUAAAGGGCGUGAAGAAAAUUACAAAGCUGCUAUCUGA